AUGACAAAUCGACUGACCGCUUUGCUCCGGCAUUCGAUUGCAACUUUGUCACUCAAUAAGACCGACCGACCUCGAAAAUCACUCUCCGAUGACCACUUGACGACGGCUGAGGAUCACGAGCGUGACCGUUCCGAUUCGUUGGAUACGGCGCCGACGUCUAAAGGCUUCCUCACCAACGAAGGCGAGAAUUUCCCGUUACGUCGACCGGCGGUGGACAAGGAAAGGACAAAAUAUUCGAGAGGGGGACAGCAUCUUUAUCCGGUCGGGUGA